UAUGAAUUGGGAAUCAGAUGAAUUGAUCGGGAAUUUCGAAUUGAUGAGAUGGUUCGUGGUGUGGCAAAUACUUUGUGCAAUUGGCAGCUACUUGCAAAGGAAGCACUUGGUUGAUGUGACGGAGAUAUAUAACCAGCUGAGCAGGGAAAAAACAAAAAAGCCAGAGGCUUUUCAAGCUGGCUACCUCGUCAUUCUAUUAGUCCUUUCUUUGUUCUGGUUGCUUUGGACCAUCGCGGGGGAGGAAUUUGAUUAAACUUUGACAAAACCAAGGUAUCCAUUCUACUUCAAUUAAG